ACUACAUCAAAUUUAAAAAAAAAGUUUCGAUUUGCUUUUUGAGGUUAUGAAAAUGUUUAGAAAAUUUAAUUUACGUUUUAUCUCAUCUUUUCAUCCAAAUCAUACGAAAACAGUAGCUAUUGACUCAAAUUUAAGGGAGAGCUUCGAGAAUAAUGAAUUUAAACCCCGCAAGCACCCCGGGACUGCUCGGAUCAAAAUCGCUAGUAUACCUCCAGAAAUUCAGAAAGCUAUUAUGAUUAUCUUAAAAGAUACAAACGCUAAGGCGAUGUAUCAAGAAAGUGUACAACUUAAUAAUUACCUGAAAUCUAGACUCCUACCUCCAGAGGAAGGUGACAUAGACUUAAAAGCCGAGAAAGUUUAUAAAAAUGUUUCAAAACAAAUGACUUCAGACUUGAAUAAAGAACUAUCUAAUGAGGAGAAAGAACAGCUAAAUAAAAAGAUACAAUCAAAAGUAUUUAAUAUUUUAAAGAAAAAUAUUUAUAGGUGGGCGAAUAUUUCAUACGACAAACCUACUUGCUUGCAGUAUCUUAUGAUUAGGGCUGCUCCAGAAUAUGCUAUACUGGUUAGAAUUUUAGACGAAAUAAAAAAGAAAUUGCCCGAUUAUAAACCAAGAAGUUUCUUCGAUUUUGGCUCUGGUGUUGGAACAGGAACAUGGGCUAUGAACACUUUAUGGCCUGACAAUCUAUAUGAAUACUUUUCUGUUGAUACUUCAAGCCACAUGAACGAAUUGGCGCGUCUGAUAUUAUGUCAAGGGAAAGAUAAUGUACAAAUGCCAUUGAAAGGAUUUUUUCAAAGACAAUUCCUGCCUGCCUCAUCAGAUAUUAAAUAUAAUAUAGUAUUAUCUGCUUUUUCUUUAUUUGAAAUGCCUACUCUGAAAAGUAGAUUAGAAACUAUACAAAAACUCUGGAAUAAAACAGAAGACUUUCUUAUAAUUGUUGAAAAUGGAAGUAAUGCUGGCUUUAAGAUUGUGAAUGAUGCUAGAGAAUUUAUUUUAAACAUGCCAAAAUCUAAGAACGGAGGGUAUGCAUUCUCUCCAUGUCCCAACGAUGUCAUAUGUCCCAGAUAUUUAGAACAACAAACUCCAUGUAAUUUUCUUAUGAAAUAUGUAUCAUUACCAUUUCCUUCGAAACAGGAAGUAUCAGCAGAUAUAUUCUCUUAUGUAAUUUUAAGGAAAGGUGAACGUCCAUCUGAUGAUUCUCAAUGGCCCCGUAUUGUACGAGCACCAAUUGUCAGAUCAGGACAUACAAUUUGUAGAUUAUGUACAGCACAAGGGGAAUUAAAAGAAGUCAUAUUUAGUAAGGGCAAACAUGAUCAAACUACCUAUAGAUGUGCUCGUUCAAGUAAUUGGGGUGAUGAGCUACCAGUGAAAUAAAUAGAGAUUCAAUUAAUGGUCCUUAUUUUAUUUCAAUAAUUUAACCUUAGUUUGACCAUUCAUCAGGUUUCCAUAAUAUGUCAAUUUUCUCCAGUUGGUUUUAAUCUCUACCCACAAUAAAUAAAUAAAUAUUUAACAACAUCACAUACAUUGCUCAGAUUCCAAGAUGAGUAGCUAAAGCCCCCGUAUUAUGGAGUAUCUGAUACAACGAAGGUACCACAACACCCAGACCCGAGUCAAUAUAGAAAAGUUCAUUUUAUACAUUGACCCGACCGGGAAUCGAACCCGGGACCUCAGAGAUGGCGACACCUUGAAACCGGCGUGCGAACCACUCGGCUACGGAGGUCGGAAUUAAAGCUAAAAAUCAAUGAAAUCUGACAAAUAUAGAUAUAUGAGGGGUAUAAAAGCAAAGGCGCUUCAGUCACAAAAAUACCUAGACUGAAAAACCGCAAAUUUUCACUGUGUCGUAAUAAAUUGUAUUUUUUAUCAGAAUCCGAUGUUGGUACAUUCAAUAGAAUACAUUAAUCAAAUAACAAUAAUCAAAACAAAUAAAAUAUACAUAAAUUCUUUAUAAUUUAAGAAAUAAUGUAGGACUGAGGUGUUUUUGCAUUUAAGCGUUGGACUAAAGCAUGUUUGCUUUUCAUUGUUUUGGAUCGAAGCUAAUUUGCAUGUCACUAUUUAAUUCGUCAAAUGUCAAUAAAAGGCGGUACCGAUUGCAAAAUAAUACAAUGUUUUACAAGAUUAUGAAUUUAAUUAAUUUUGUUAACAAAUUAGUUACAGGUACUUAAAAACAGGACAUCAUAUUGUAUUAUAAUUAAUUAUGAAAAGUAAAGAUAAAAUAUUAUUCUUGCGCAUGUAAAAAAAAACUAAGAAUUAAAUCAUAGUAUUUGAAUCCGUUGUGGGUGGAUCGCAGAUAGGCUCAUCCUCUUGAACUGAAUCACUGUUAUUAUUAUUCAAAAUAUUAUUGUAAUAUUGGAGUUCAUUAAGAUUUUCCCACUGCGGUCCAUAAGUACCUUAAGCAAAUGAAAAUAAAACCCAUUACCAAAAGCAGAAAAAAACUGUUCAGUAUAGCGCGAAUAAAAUGUUAGUACGUUACGUGCUUUAACAAAUAAUUUAAAGAAAAUUGAAAUAAAAUUUAGAAGAAGCAUUCUAUGCAAACCCUACUUAACCUUUUCAUAACGGCCAAAAUAUUAGUAAAUUGUUUGUUACCUUUCUGCUUUUUCCUUCACUCUUCGCCACUGACUUUUAUUUACCAGACAUUUCCGUGCUCGUCCUGCACAUGCUGGUGUAAUGUUUUCUUCCAUUACAAUAAGUUAUUUAAUAAAAAACACAAAUUAAACACGCGCUAUGCUCAGUCAACUUACUAUGAAAAGUAACUAAUUCGCCAUCUUAGAAAUUUUGAAAUGGCUGCUUCUGGUUGGUUGAUUGUGAUCGAGGCGGAUUUGCUCCUAACAAAUUUUGGAUCGAAGCGGUUUUGCAUCUAAACGCUACUUUCUAAGUGAAUUUUAUGUAAGAUUGAGGUGGAUUUGUAUGGUGCCGAUUAUACGAGGGUCAAACUGAAAGUUCUUAGAACUGGCCACUUAUAAACAAUAUAAUAAAAAAAUAAUUCUAAAAUUUGAAAAUAUAACUCUUUGCCAAUAUUACUGAGUAUAUAUUUCAUUCAUUUGUCAUUUGUUUUACGAUUUG